AUGGCAAGGCUGAUUCCUUAUGUGGACGAGGAUCAAACACUACGUUUUGGCGGGCGGCUGAAAGGAUCAGAUCUUCAGCCAGAAGCUAAGAAUCCAGCAAUCCUAUCCAAACAAUCAAGGUUCACAUCACUGGUCAUCGAGGAAGCUCAUCGUAAAACUUUUCAUGGAGGUGUACAGGCAAUGUUGGGAUAUAUCAGACAAAGAUACUGGAUCAUCGGUAGACGUUAUCCAGUAAAAUCCCACAUCCUAAAGUGCGUCAUCUGUGCUCGACAUCGUGCAAUCAGGGCACAACAACUGAUGGCUCAGCUUCCUCCAAGAAGGAUCACACCAGUUCGAGCAUUUUUCCACACAGGAGUGGACUACGCUGAUCCCUCGAAAAACAAGAGAUGGAGAGGACCAGGAGCUAAGCAAUAUCAGGGCUACAUCACAGUUUUCGUGUGUCUUGCCACGUCGGCAAUUCAUCUCGAACUCAUCACGGAUCUCACAUCACAGGCCUUCAUCAAAACCUACAAGAGGUUUACUGGAAGGAGAGGAAUCUGUGCCACUCUCAGCAGCGACAAUGCUAAGACAUUUGUGGGAGCAGACAAGGAGCUUGGGCAGCUCUUGGACGAAUCAAGGCAGGACAUUCAUCACAUCAUCAAUGAGUUGGCAUCAAAUGGCAGUAAAUGGAUCUUCAUCCCACCGCAAUCACCUCACAUGGGAGGAAAGUGGGAGGCUGCGGUGAAAUCUGUCAAGUUUCACCUCAAACGAAUCACAGAGAACCUACGAGGAGUUGAACAUACUCAUCGUACAAAUCGAAGGUCAGCUAAAUUCAAGGCCUCUCUGUGCACUACCAGAUGA